UUUGUGACUUCCUGUACAGACUGAAGGCAGCUGGAUACCAAAGUGACCGCUUUCUUUGUCUGUGCGCCCUGCAGCGGCUAACUCUCCUCCACAAAUUCUUCCACCCUUGUAGGGUCCUAGCUCCAGCUAGCUUUACCUGUGGCUCCCAGCAGCAGCAGGUUGAGCAAGCACGUGAAAGAAGAUGGACGAUGGAAACAAACAGCCGAACACAUUUGGGAGCGGACAGCAGAGAACUCAGCACCCCAGACCUUUCUUCAUUGUCCAGCCUCCUUCUCAACCUUUCUACCUCAACACACACUGGCAUAUGAACAACCCAUACGGUCACUUUGGUGUGCCUGGAGGUUUUAACUUUGGCCGUCCCUGCAUGCACCCACACCAGUACAUGCCCUUUCCUGGGUUUGUUUUCCCACAUGCCCCGAUAUAUCCGAUAGAUUACAGGCGAGUGUUUGAGCCUCGCUUCCAUGCCCCUGCCUGGAAUGACAUGCUUCGCCAUCAGCAGCACUACUCACAGCCUUACGGGCGUCGAGAAACGACCUGCUCAGAGGCUCAAACCGACCCAAACGAUGCCAUAAUCAAACUAAGAGAGUGCCUGGAAAAAAUGCAAGCCACUGAGCUGCAAGGUGCUGAGAGAGAGCUCGACUCUGGUGUCGCCUCACAGACCUCGGGGAUGUUUUCUCAAGCAGAAGAGAAGAAAAGUGAAGAGCAAGGUGAUAUCCUGCCUUCAGUGCCUGAUGCGGAGUCUCCAGCUGGGAUCUUUGGUGUCUCCACUACAGCAGUGUAUGACGGUGAGUCCAGCCAGAGAAGCUUAGAUGUCCUGAGCCCUCCGGGAUGCUGGUCAGCAGAAUUGGAAGAGGAGUUGCCUCUGGAUAGCUCCUCUGUUCAUGAAGAGUGUCCUGAGCUGGAGCAGUCGGCAAAAGACGAACACUUCCUCCCUAUUGAAGAACCAGAAGUUGCGGAUAUCCAGUCAAAUAUCUCAGCGACUGAUGCAAGUGUUCCCAAAUGUGACACUGAAGAGCUCCUUAGGCAGAGAGUGGAUCCAGUCCUGCCUUGCUUUUCCUCUUCCACCAGUCCUCUGGUGCUCAAAGAUGCUGAAAGUGGCGACAAAGUCUCCAAGACGGAACAUCAGAAAGCUGAUCCAAGCUACAAGAUCCUCAAGCUGCCUUUGGAGAGAGUUUCGACACCUGGAGGUGCUGCAGCCAGCAGCGUCUGCCCCCCUGCUGCUCCCUACUACUACAAUUACCUCUCCAUGCAGACCACUCAUGAGCGGACGAGCGUUCUCAGUCUAUCUCUGGAUGAGCUUUCCUCCAGGGAUGAGAUGUUCUCCACAGAUCUGGACGAUGCAGAUAUUUUCCCUAAACAUGUGUAUACAGGCAGGAGGCUUGCAGAGGUUGUAACUGGGUCUCCACAAACUGCUGAUAAAGUAGAAGUGUGGCCGCCAGGUUCAGAGAGAUUCAUGUGUGCCUGCUGUGGGAAAAGCCUCGCAAAAGGGGUGGGAAGGAGCAAAGUCCACAGCUUCAAGGUGUCCAGAGAGGAACCUGAGGACUCUGAGGAGGAAAGCAGUUUUGGGAGAGGGUGUGAGCAGCCAGUCAGAGUGGUUGUGAGGAAGCAUUCUGCACCCAGGAAGCCUCAUUCUCUUCCGCCAAGACUUGCUGCAAAAUCCCGGUAUAAGAGAGGCCAAUACAAAGACCCCUCAGAUCCAGUGAACCAGGAGGAGGGUCGUGAUGUUUGUAAGCAGGAACCAGCUGAUGAUGAGAUGGUAGAAAUGGCUGGUGGUGAGCUGCGGUGCAGCAAACAGUGUCUGGACAGACUCCGCAGAGAGGCCCUGACCAAGUCAGACCAAGGCAUGUGGGGAGGUGGUGACAUGAUUCCCAGGAGGAGACAAGUGACCCCUCUGCAACGACAAGAGAGGAGCAGUCAGAGGAAAGUGAUGUACCAAAGGCCAAGAGACGAGGAUGAUGAUGAUGAUGAUCUGCCACCAUCACACUGGGAAAGAGGCUCUAUGACAAGAGGAGAACCAAGAUGUUAAUGUCCCAAAAGUGUAUUGAACUGUCCCCCCACAAGUUGUAAUUGUUCCAGCAAAAUGUGUUAUGUAAAUAUUUAGCGCACCAGGUGAAAUGCACUGCACAAGAAGCAUAUUUUUGUUUAGACAAAAGUUCAAGAAAAAAAGGUUUUGCAGUGAUACUGCCUUGCACUACCCAUAAUUUAUAAUUUUCACAAAAAGAAAAAUGGGCUGAGAGGUUCUAGAUUGUUGUCAAAAGAAAUUGCAGAUGAUGUUGUGCCACAAUUCGGGGCCAGUCCAAUAAAAUAUUGUUAUUAGUUAAA